AAUCAAUCAACCACUGCACCCGAUCCAUCGACCAUCCCAUCUCACCCCUCCCUCCGUCUCUCUUCCAGCAACCCCUUCCUACACACACCCCCUCCUCUCUCUCUCUCCUCAUUCUCAUCACCUAGUAUACACGGAUACCCACAAGUCGCCUGUCCCCUUCGCUCCAGCAUAACCUCAAAACAAACACAAUCACACCCACGACCUAACACACACGGCUUGCUCAGCAUUGUUUAUCCCUUUGCCGCCCACCGUUCAACCCCCACCAAGCCUUAUCUCCCCCCGCGACGACGACCCACAUCUGCGUCCACCCCACCCCCACACCCUCCUUGCUCGCGACCAAUGCCUUUUUAAUCAGCCCCACACCAUGGACCCACCAGAUGUUUCAUCUCUCAGUCUGUCACCAAACAAGGGCCAGCUCCAACGCACGCCGCCGCGUCCCCCCUCACCGGCACUCGGCGGCGGAGGCGCCGGCGGCACGCACAGUGCCACGGCCACCCCCGUGCCGUCGGUGACGCCCGGCCCGGCCGCUGGCCUCCAGCUGGACAUGUCGCUGGGGUCAGCAGUGUCGGCACUUGUGCACCAUCUCGCCCAGCCUCUGUCGGCCCAUUGUUCGCAUGCCACCAUCAUGGACCUACGCAAGCGCCUCACCUCGACGUUUACGACGGCCUAUGCUCCCACUUGGAACGAGAGCAACCCCCACAGCGGCUCUGGCUCGCGCUCCCUCAUCGCUGAUCGCCUGCAUGGCCUCCCGCGCCCGCUUGUCGACGCCGCCAAGCAGUGCGGUGUGGACACGGCAGUCUGGCAGCAGGCGAUCGCGGCCAACAGAACCAAGAAGGCAGAGUCGGAGGACAAUGGCGAGGAGUGGGAGGUCUGGUGCGACCCCGGCAUGGUAGUCUGGCGCUGGGGAGGCUGGGGUUGGGAGGAGCCCGACUUUGACCCGAUCAAGCGGCCUCGUGAAUCUUUCAAGGUCGUUUGGCAGGCUGCGCCUACGGCAGAGGUCACAACCUCGGACCCGAGCACGAGUCCCGCCGCGCCGACGCCCCUCCGUAUCUCCAAGGCUAUCCCCAUCCGCGCGCCGACGCUCAACACGGCGCCGUCGACCCUUAUGCAGAGCCUCCUCGCCGCUGCCGACCCGUCCCGAACUCCAUCACCCGGCCUCUUGCCCGCCGCCGACGUCAGCCCCCGUCGCGUGCACUCGCGCAACGGCUCGAGCGACAUCGAGCAGCACCGCCGCGGUGCGCACUCGCGCAACUCGUCGCACGCGUUUAGCGUGCGCUCGAGCAUUGGCCACAACAAGGGCCAGGACUCGACGUCGUCAAAUUCGAGUGACUCAUCCGACACGAAUUCGGGACACACCCACCUCCUGACCCCGGCUUCGCGUCCCGGUUCGGCAGAGCUCUUUGGAGAGGUCAGUGCCAAGCGCCUCGAGUCCGAGGCACAGCGCGGUCGCGACCCUUCGCCGUCGACCCCACGUGGUGGCGAGGCGGCCAAGGCGCCCACUCCUGCAACCGGCGGCACCGUCAUCCCGCAGGUCACGCCGUAUGACGGCGGCAAUGUCACCGUCCUCGGUGGUGGCACCAAGCUCGGCGGUGGUGGCGUGUCUCGCUCGUCUUCAGCCAUGGGCAUGCGCGGCCACGACCGUACCCGCUCGCCGUCGGUGUCCAUCGUCUCGCGCGCCCUCAACACGGCCGUUGGCCCCAACUCGAACGGCGGUGUGCCGCUGCCUGCCUCGCCUCGCAAGCAGCGCACCCGUCGCCGCAUCAUCCCCACCCACAUCGGCUACUUUGGCCAGCCUGGCAUUGGCGGCCCGAUCAUGGGCGCGUUUGGCAGCAAGCCUCCCCAGCCCGGCGCGGCCGCUGGCUUUGGCCCGGGUCCCUGGCCGCACGUCCAGCCAGGCGGCGGCGCCGGCGUCGGUGUCGGUGUGGGACCCCCUGCGCUCCCCCUCGGCCUGAAGCGUUAAGCCACGCCGCUCCGCAAUCAAUCACAACUUCCAUCCGCAUCGACUCUCAUCAACAAGAAAGCAUCAUCAAGUUUCCGCAAUCCCUUCGUUUCACCCUACUUUGAGCCUUGGCCAACCAGGCGCCUCGGCCUUCGCAUUACCCCAUCAAACGUUUACUCUCUCAUCUGUCUCCCGGGCCACCCCGUGUUCUUCGUUUUCGCUCUUCUCGUUGCAAAGUGAUCUCACCGUCAUUCCCUUUUCGCAACCACGGCGCGAUCGUGCGCCGUGGUAUCAUAACCCCUAUCUCACAACAGUGUCGAGUAGUAGUGAUGUCGCAUGACCAUGCAUAGUGUCGUCCAA